CUUCCGGAGGUCAAAGGUAAUCUUCGUAUUUGAAAACAUGGAUCCUGACAAAGAGGAGGAAGGCAAGAUGAGCAGUGAUGGAGACAUUUCAUCAGUCAUGGGAUUUUCUGGGUUUGGUAAAAAGGCCCGCACAUUUGACCUGGAUGCCAUUUUUGAACAGACCCGUCGAACAGCCAUUGAGAGGAGUCAGCAAGUAUUGGAUGAACGGCAGAAGGAUAGUCACAUGGAGGAGGAAGGAGAGAGCUCCAAAUCGGUCCACACCCACAGAGAAAAGGCUGCAGCUGCUACUUCCAGAAAACAGGAGAGUGAGAGCAGUAGUGACAGUGACUCGGACUCAGACUCGGAUUCAGAGCUUAUUGGACCUCCGCUGCCUCCUCAAUACAAAGCCCAGGACGAUGCUGAUGAGCGUCUGAGGCUGCCUCGUCCACCAGGUCUCACAGGCAGCACGGCUCAAAGUGAUGAUGACGAAAUCCAGUGAAGAAGAUUCCAGACACUCAUGAGAUCACUCUGCAGCACGGCACCAGGACAGUAUCAGCUCUUGCCUUAGACCCCUCUGGAGCCCGUUUGGUGACUGGUGGGUAUGACUAUGAUGUGCGGUUCUGGGAUUUUGCUGGGAUGGACCAGGCCCUGCAGGCCUUCAGAUCCCUCCAGCCCUGUGAGUGCCAUCAGAUUAAGACCCUGCAGUACAGCAUCACUGGUGAUGUUAUCCUGGUGGUUUCUGGAAAUGCACAGGCCAAGGUGUUGGACCGUGAUGGCUUCAAUGUCAUGGAGUGUGUAAAGGGAGACCAGUAUAUUGUGGAUAUGGCCAACACCAAGGGCCACACAGCAAUGCUGAAUUCUGGCUGCUGGCAUCCCAAGAGUAAAGAAGAGUUCAUGACCUGCUCCAAUGAUGGCACUGUGCGCACAUGGGACGUGAACUCAGAGAAGAAGCACAAGUCUGUGUUUAAACCGCGCUCCUUCCAGGGGAAAAAGGUCAUCCCUACAUGCUGCACUUACAGCCGUGAUGGGAAGCUCAUUGCAGCAGGCUGCCAGGAUGGCACCAUCCAGAUCUGGGACAGAAACCUCAGCGUCCAUACAAAGUUCCACUGUCGUCAAGCACACAUUCCAGGAUCAGACACCUCCUGUCUCUCCUUCUCCUAUGAUGGCAGGACUCUCGCUUCACGUGGAGGUGAUGAUACUCUAAAGAUGUGGGACAUACGCAACUUCAGGAAGCCUGUGAAUGUAGCUACUGGACUGACCAACUACUUUACAAUGACUGACUGCUGUUUUAGCCCUGACGACAAGCUUGUUGUAACGGGGACCUCAGUGAAGAAAGACGAGGGAAAUGGAAAGUUGGUUUUCUUUGACCGGGCUUCCUUUCAGAAGGUCUAUGAAAUAGAGGUCACCAACGCAAGUGUCAUCCGCUGCUUGUGGCACCCAAAACUUAACCAGAUAAUGGUGGGAACUGGGAAUGGACUGGCCAAGGUCUACUAUGAUCCUGUCCGAAGCCACAGAGGAGCUAAGUUGUGUGUAGUGAAGAGCCAGCGGAAAGAGAAACAAGCCGAGACGCUAACACAAGAUUACAUCAUCACACCUCAUGCCUUACCCAUGUUCAGAGAGGCCCGGCAACGGAGUACACGAAAACAGCUGGAGAAGGACAGACUUGACCCAAAGAAAUCCCACAAGCCCGAGCCUCCUGUGUCCGGACCAGGUCGUGGAGGGAGAGUGGCGGCUCAUGGUGGCACUCUGUCUUCAUUCAUUGUGAAGAACAUCGCUUUAGAUAAAACAGAUGACAGUAACCCACGAGAGGCCAUCCUACGUCACGCCAAGGAGGCUUCAGAUAACCCCUAUUGGGUUGCCCCGGCAUACACAGUGACCCAGCCAGACCCGGUGUUUGCAGAGGAAUCAGAUGAGGAUGAGGAGGCUGACAAGGAACCAGAGUGGAAGAAACGCAAGAUCUGAGGGGCUUCAACAGCAGCUCAUUUUAUAUAGGAUGGCUGACAGGGUGGGCUUGUGGGUUGGAUAUACAGCACCACAAGGUCUCAGGAUCAAUCCCAGAACACUGACUUACUGUCAGAAACUGUGCGAAGGGGCAUCAAUUAAAUUGAACAGCCGCUGUCCUCCCUCCUGUAAUGUUUUUUUAAGCGCAUAUGUAUUUAUGUGCAUGCUUCUGUGUUGUAAAUGUGAAGACAUUUUCACUGCGCAAGCAUAAUAUAAUUUUAUACAGGUUUAUGUUCCUCUCAUUGCAAUUCAUAGACCACAGGAAGAACUUGGCUUUUUAUGUCUGUUUUGAUUAUAUAGACCUUAUUUUCAUCAUUUCUAUUGUCCUCUCCACCCACAUCGCCAGAAUCUGCUAAUGCCUCAUAAAUCGGCUCCAGAUUUUGUGGUCUGGUUCUGUUCAUCAGCUAUGAAGAACAGUUUGCUAGUUUAUAAGAAGAAAAUGGUGUACAAAAGUAAGUAAGUACAAAAAAUUGCAACCAGUUCUAUUCCUAUUCUUUUUUUUUUUAAGGGUUCAGUUGGAUGUGAUGAUGUGACCAUCUGCUAAUUUAGAUAUUUUUCAACACACUGUAUUUCACCUCAAAUCCUAAAUAAAGUAAUUUGUAUUCUCUUAUCAAAUAGCGAUCUUAUUCAAAUGAAGUGACCAGCUGAUCAAAGGAAUUCUUAAGCCAAAUAUAAGUUUUUACAAGCUUCUUUUCUAAUGUUAAUAAAGAAAAAAAUUAUAUGAUAAAAAUAUAAUUCUAAUUCAAAAUAAUCUGGCUUCAAAGGUUUGGUUUGUUGCACUGUCUUUGCAAAAAUAAACAGUAAUCUGGAAAUAACUGUA